CUCUUCUCAAAAAAAAUAAAGUAUUUGUUUGCCAUCAGUUUUUAUGUAUAAUCAUUGUUUUCAUCAAUUGUCAGUUGACAUUGGCAUCAGUCAAAUUAUUCAACGAAGUUCUUCCUGUUUUUCUUUUUUUGGUAAAAAAAAUGUCACGAUAUCGUCGAAGAAAUUCCUUUAUUUUUUUUUUCUAAUUGAUUUAGAGAUUGACCAGCAACUGCAAUCAUGUGCUCGAAUUUGUCGUUGUCUGACGAAUUAUGGAAGUUACGGGUAUACAAGUUUCGUAUCUUCUCUUUUUUUUGAUGGUAUUUGGGUGAACAUUAAAGUUUAUAAAACGGACUGGAAUCUCUUUAGCAGUCGUGACCACCCCUUUUCGAUUAGAAUUCCUCGUCCAACCUCUUCAUCGUAGUUCCAAGACGUUCAUGACAGCAAAAUGUCAAGUACAAGCAGUGUUACAAUUGGACUAAUUACCACUCUAAUAACACUUCUUGUAGCUGCCUAUUUCUACAUUAAACACAAGUAUCAAUACUGGAAAAGACUAGGAAUUAUUCAGUUAAGUCCUACUUUCCCACUGGGUAAUUUUGGUCAUAUUUUACCCUCGAGGGUUAUCCCUUGGAACAUACAGUACAAGAUAUUUGACGCUUUUAAAAAAUCUGCAAACAAAAUAGGUGGAGUGUACUUGGGACUGGACCCAUAUCUCGUAGUUGUAGAUCCAGGAUACGCUAAGGAUAUGCUUACCAAAGAUUUCCAGUAUUUUGUAGAUAGAGGAGUUUAUUCGAAUAAAAAAUAUCCUAUAACUGUAACCAUAUUUACGCAAAGAGGAGAAGAAUGGAGAAAUUCAAGAACAAAAACUACCAGCAUAUUUACGUCUGCAAAAAUGAGAUUCUUCUUUAAUACCAUAAAAGAAUGCAGUGAUGAGCUAAAAGCCAACUUGGAGACUCUUGAAAAGGACGAAACUGAUAUUGAUAUUUAUGAAAUCAUGGGCUGUUACUUUACAGACAUAAUAGGAUCCCUUACAUUUGGUAUCAAGGCAAACAGUUUUAAAGACCCAAACGCUAUAUUCAGAAAAUUAGGAAGAGACUUGUUUGGAUCAUUUACAAAACUUUUUCAAAUUAAGUUAUUUUUAACAAUUUGUUACCCAAAAUUGGCAAAAGCAUUUGGUGUAAUCAACAUCCAACCGCAAAUCGAUAAAUUUUUCUACCAUUUUGUACCGGAAGCCCUAGAAAAUAGAAUCAAGAACGAUAUAUACAGGGCGGAUUUUUUGCAAUUGUUAAUCGAGUUAAAAAAUUCUGGUGUGGACUUAACACUCGAAGAAAUGGUAGCACAGUCAUUUAAUUUCUAUGCAGCUGGAUUCGAAACGUCGUCAUCCACUGCGAUGUUCUUAUUGUACGAACUCGGUUUACAUAAAAAUAUUCAAGAAAAGGCGAGAGUUGAAAUAUUAAAUGUUUUAAAGAAGCAUGAUGGUGAUUUAACUUAUGAAUCGCUUCAAGAGAUGACAUACCUUUCGCAAAUAAUUAGUGAAACAAUAAGGAAAUAUCCUUUGGUGCCAACAUUUAUCAGAAUGUGCGUAAAAGAUUACACUUUUCCAAAUGGUGAUUUAGUUAUUAAAAAAGGAACUGGAAUUAUAAUUCCAGUCCUGUCAUACCAUCGCGAACCAUCCACUUUUCCAGAACCCAUGAAGUUUGAUCCAGACAGAUUUGAAGAUAAAAAUAUUAAAUAUGCAGGAUAUUUACCAUUUGGAGAUGGACCACGGAAUUGCAUAGGAGAAAGACUUGGUUUAAUGCAAGUAAAAUUGGGUGUAGUAGAAGUAAUAAGAAACUAUGAAAUCGCUGUCAGCCCAAAGACGACUGACCCAAUAGAAUUUGAUGAUUCUACUAUGCUUACAAAGCCAUCGAAAACAAUUUUCCUUAAAUUAAAGAAAAUAUGAAUGAAUAACUUACAGUCU